AAUUGGUGAGAAUUCCAUUGCUUGAAGGAUGUGCAGGUCAAGGCUUCUUCAUCUCCUCCCUCUGCAUUGCCUAUUACUACUCUCCCUCUCCCAUCCUUCCCAUGCCCUCAUCGGAGCGGCUGCACGUUACGGCCCCACUUACCAACCCACCGCUUGCCAUGGAAGAGACUACUCGCAGUUCCCGACGAAUUUCAUGUUCGCGGCGGCGAGCGAUGGAACAUGGGACAACGGCGCCGCGUGCGACCGGGAGUACAGGGUGAAGUGCAUCAGGGCGGCGGCGCCCGGAGCUUGCGCUCCCGGGGAGGUGGUUAUCAACGUGAAGGUGGUCGACAGAAUGAGCACGGCGGUUUCUAGGCCUUCCCUGGCCGGCGCCAACCUCGCCCUCUCCCUCCCCGCCUUCAGGGCGAUCACUACCGGAUUUCCGCAGUUCGCCACCAUAGAAUUUGUUGAGCGUUGAGGUAGGGAUCGCAUUUAAGGGAGCUUCCGCCAUUUAAAAAUCAAUUCUAUAAUGGAAAGCAUUCACAAGUAUUUGAGAGUGUAAUACCAUACUCCUUAAAUAAGAAUGGUCAAUGUAUUUUUGUUUGCUUAA